UGGCAACACCGACCAUUCUCAUAAAUAACUGGUACAAAUAAGUACAAAAAUGCAUUCAUCAUAAACGAUACUACAGUUAUACCAACAUAACCAACAAGCGUAUUUGAUGCGUUCUUAAAGACGACCAAUAUAUCCUUACAACAGCUGAUGUAUAUACUAUAUUUGUCUUCAUCUCCGCGUUUUGACGACUCCGUUGUGUUGACCGAGUGAAUAAAACAAAAAUUAACCUUUUAAUUCAUUGUUUAUUGGAAGUCAAUUAGAAAAUCUCGACAAUCAACAUGCCAAAAGUAAGACGAAGUAAGAAGUCACCUCCCGAUGGUUGGGAGUUAAUAGAACCCACGCUUGAAGAAUUAGAGGCCAAGAUGAGAGAAGCUGAAACGGAACCUCACGAGGGAAAACGCAAACAAGAGUCCUUGUGGCCUAUCUUUAAAAUCCACCAUCAAAAAUCGAGGUAUAUUUAUGACCUCUAUUAUCGUAGAAAGGCUAUUAGCAGAGAGUUAUAUGAUUUCUGCAUCGCAGAAAAAGUUGCCGAUCCUAAUCUCAUAGCCAAAUGGAAAAAAAUAGGCUAUGAAAACUUGUGUUGUUUGCGAUGUAUACAGACAAGAGAUACAAAUUUUGGCACAAACUGUAUUUGUCGUGUUCCAAAAGGAAAACUGGAGGAAGGUAGAAUUGUUGAAUGCAUCCAUUGUGGAUGCCGUGGUUGUUCCGGCUGAACAAACAGCAAGUACAUAUAAUUUAGGACAAUUAAGUGACUGUAUUUUUUCAUAAGGAUUCUCAAUUUUUGUCUUUUAUUUUACUGCGGCAUUGUAGCUAUAACUGAUAUUCAUUUAAGUAAUAUAUUCAUGGUUGAACUUAAAUUUGGGACUUUUUACCUUUAACAAAACCCUUGGUCAUACUUUAUGACGAAUGCAUGACAAAAGUGUGAUGUAUGUUCUUUGACAAGAAUUUUCCUUUGUAUGUGUUAGCGUGCAUAAAAAAAACGUGUAGAGAUAAAAACAGUUGCAUUAUUUUUAAA